AUGACUUCAGCGGCACAGACCUUAGAGGCAGAAGUCAAUGACAACCAGCCAAGCAUAGAUACCAACCUGCCAGCAGAUUCAAAGCCACCCAGUGUGCGUUUGAGUCCAGAAAUUGCGCGACAGAGCGCCGGGCAGCCGCAAUCAGAGGUUCAGUUCACGGCUGCAAAGACGGAAGAAACUCCAGCAGAAGCCACUCGGCCGACAAGAGAAAUCCUACCUUGCAGUUUCCAUGCUAGUGCCCCAUCAUCUCCAGAAACAGACACUGUAGCCAACGAGGGCGAAUCGAAGCCGUCAGUAGCUGAGCAGAGGACCAAGGUUCAGCUUCGAUACUUACGCAACAGGCUAGACAACGGCCUUCUACCGCCGGAACCGGAGAUGUCUCGCGUCUUAACCAAAUUAGAAAGCAGUGCAGCUUUGUCGUGGAGCAUCAUCCGUGAUACAGAAACCUACAACCUUCUUCAAAAUAUCAACAACUUACCAGGCAUUCCUGGGGAUGAGGAGUUUCGCUUGAAGGAACGAGUAAUGGGGUUGCUAGAAACCUGGAAGGAUACAGGGGAGCUGCCGGUCAUAUCCUCAACCUCACAGCAGACCAACGACCAUGACGCCGUUGAUAUUGCCGUUGAUAUUGCCGUUGAUAUUGCAGUUCGGGAUUCUCAACAGCCUGAUAGUUCCCCGAAAUCACGGUCGCCGCGAGACGACACGCUCUUUCCUCCAGAUAUUCAUUUGACGGAGGGAGACCAACCAAAAAUAGCAAUCGUACGAGGGCCCUGCAAGUCGUCUAGCGAUCAUAUGACGGAUCCCAGUGCACCACUAGCCGCACCGCCCCAUCCCCAUGCCUCCACUGCACGGCAUUCAACACAGACUAGGUCGAAGCGUGUCGUGAUUGAUUUGACAAUGGAAUAUCAGCCAGAUAGAGUCGACCUCACCGAACUCGGUGCAAGCAAAGACAAAGAGACAACCAGCUCACCGUCCUCUACAAGUACAAAAGAUUACAAUCCACCGGUCCCAAGCGCCUCGUCCGAUACGGCCAGGUUAAACCCCAAGAAACGAAAGCGUCCCAGCGCUGCAAGUAAUAGAUGCUCUCCGGAGUCUGGCUCAUGUACGGCAAGUUCAGAUGUGAUACAUGAGAGCGAUUGCCAAAGCUCUGCAGCAGCAGCAGCAAAGCCCAUUAAUCAAAAUACACCCACUCGCCAGCGGAAACCACGGAAGACCUCACCACGGAAGACUUCACCACGGAAGACUUCACCAAGACAGCACCUUGCCAACGAGAUUCAAUGGAUAACUGGGUCCGUGUCGGAGAUUGAGCAGAUGCUUAAGGAGGCAAAAGAAGAAAGUGACUUGAUUGAGAGAAAAAAGGUCAGGUUGCUUGAGGAGAAUGCAGCCGAGAGGAAAUUGAACCUAAGCAAAUUGGAUGGGCUGAUCAAGCUAAAGGAGAAUCUUCUAGCUUGGGGAGCUCAAGAUGAGAGAGUUACAAAAGAGUGGGCUCCCUCACGCUGA